UAAGAGAACCCGAUAUUCACGUUAAAACAAAGUCGCGCUCGCUCACUCAGAAAGCCUCGUUCUGAAUAAACCGUGUUUCCAUUUCGGCGGCCUUGUCAGCUCUACCUUCUUCGUAACUUCGUCGCCCAACUGUAAAACUCUAAUUUUCUCUUUAAAUUUUCCUUACCUCUUUUAUCCCCUUCCUUUUUCUUGAAAAAUUUCGGUGUUCACGAUCUUGAUCGUAUACGACGAUUGCUGAACUUCGAUUCAGUUUCAUUUGCUCAAUUGGUAAUCCAUAAUUUUCGUUCUAACAGUUCAAGGUCUAAAGGAUAGUUCUGAAUCGUAUGCUACUGUUGGGUGAAAGAGUUCGAGUUUCGAGAUCGGAGUAAAUUGAUUGCGAACACAGUGAGUCAAUUCAUGGCCGAGACUCGGCGAUAUGGCCUUGCUGGUCAAUUUGAUAUUGAGCAAAUACUCAUAGAAGCACAGCAUCGAUGGCUACGUCCUGCCGAAAUUUGUGAAAUACUUCGAAAUUACAAGAAAUUUCGUAUUGCUCCGGAGCCCGCAAAUAAGCCUCCAAAUGGUUCACUUUUUCUUUUUGAUCGGAAGGUUUUGAGAUACUUUAGAAAAGAUGGACAUAACUGGAGGAAAAAAAAAGAUGGAAAGACAGUGAAGGAAGCUCAUGAGAGGCUUAAGGCUGGGAGUAUUGAUGUGUUGCAUUGCUACUAUGCCCAUGGAGAAGAGAAUGAAAAUUUUCAAAGGCGCAGUUAUUGGAUGCUUGAAGAGGAACUUUCACACAUAGUUCUUGUCCACUACCGGGAAGUCAAGGGCAAUAAGACAAACUUCAACCGCAUUAGGGAAGCUGAAGAAGGUAUUCCCUAUUCCCAAGAAACUGAAGAAAAUGCAUUCAAUUCCGAGGCGGACAGUUCAGCGUCUUCCAAAUUUCACCCAUAUAGCUACCAAAUAACUUCACAAACUACAGAUACAACAAGCCUGACCAGCGCUCAGGCCUCAGAAUUUGAAGAUGCCGAGUCAGCAUAUAAUCACCAAGCAAGUUCCACAUUCCAUUCCUUUCUGGAGUUACAGCAGCCUGCUAUGAAGAAAAUAGAUGAUGGACUUUCUGUCCCUUAUUAUCCAAUGCCGCCUUCAAAUGAUGAUUAUCAAAGGAAGUUGCCACCUGGGAUGGAUUUUUCCUCAGUCACUCAAGGAGAUAAAGAUAAAAACAGUAUCCCUGCUGGUUCAGCAUAUGAUCCCCGGAAACAUCUUGACUACUCGUUGUGGGAUGAUGAGUUGGAGAACUAUACUGCUGAAGUUCAAUCUGUUUCUUUCCAGCCUUCACUUUCCUCUGCUCAAUCUGAUUCCAUGAGUGUUACUCCCGGACAAGGAAAUGAGAUAAUGGGGCAAGUUUUUGCAGACGGCUUUGCCAGAAAGCAGGACUUUGGAAGUCAUCCAUGUGGCCAGGAAGAGGGGCAGACUUCUGAACGGGAUUCUUCGCGCAUGUCCAAGUGGCCCAUGGAUAGAAAGUUGCAUCCAGACUUGGCAUAUAAUCUUACUGCUAGGUUUCCAGAAGAAGUUAACCAUGCGGGUCUACUCAAUUCUCUAGAGCCUUACCAUCCAUAUCCCGCUGAUCAAAAUAAGCAUCCCAUGCAAAAUGACCUUAAAAUUCAGCCAACAAACGUGGUAGGUGGAAGUUCUCUGAAAGCAGAACUAGGUAACAAUCUGCCUGUGGAGGGAAAAGCUGAUUAUUCUGUUUUGAGACCACCAUUAUUGGAUGGCUUUCUAAAAGAAGGUCUGAAGAAGCUCGACAGCUUUGACCGAUGGAUGAGUAAAGAGCUUGAAGAUGUAAAUGACUCACAUAUGCAGUCCAGUUCUGGGACCUACUGGGAGACUGUUGGAAGUGAGGAUGGAGUUGAUGUUUCCAAUAUUUCUUCCCAGGCGCACUUGGAUCCCUAUAUGCUGGCUCCCUCUCUCUCCCAGGACCAACUCUAUAGCAUUAUUGAUUUUUCACCAAACUGGGCAUAUGCAGGAUCAGAAAUCAAGGUCCUGAUUACGGGAAGAUUCUUGAAGAGUCAACGUGAUGUAGAGAAGUGUAAGUGGUCAUGCAUGUUUGGGGAGCUGGAAGUUCCAGCGGAGGUUAUAGCAGAUGGUGUUCUUCGUUGCCAUACUCCCCUGCACCAGGCUGGGAGGAUUCCUUUUUAUGUAACAUGUUCCAAUAGGUUAGCAUGCAGUGAAGUGCGAGAAUUUGAAUAUCGAGAAAAUAAUAUUCUAGAUGUGGAUGUCGCCGAUACAGAUAGUUGCAGCACAACCGAAAUUCUUCUUCGUAUGCGAUUUGGAAAAUUAUUGUCUGUGGGAUCUCUCAGUGCCCCAACUUCUGGCUCCAGUAAUGUAGAUGAGAAUUCCUAUUUGUGCAGUAAAAUCAGUUCAUCAAUGGAAAAUGACGAUUUUGAGUGGGACCAAAUGUUGAAGCUUACUGCAGAGGAUGAGUGGUCCCCAGUAAAAAUAAAGGAGCAGCUGCUUCAAAAGUUACUGAAGGAGAAGUUGCAUGUAUGGCUUCUUCAGAAGAGUGCUGAAGGUGGAAAAGGCCCAUGCAUAUUAGAUGAGAAAGGUCAAGGUGUGCUACAUUAUGCAGCUGCCCUUGGUUAUGAUUGGGCUAUACAGCCUACAAUAGCUGCUGGUGUGAGUAUCAAUUUCCGGGAUGUUAAUGGAUGGACUGCACUCCAUUGGGCAGCAUCUUGGGGCAGAGAGCGCACAGUUGUUCUCCUCAUCUCUUCAGGUGCAGCUCCUGGAUUAGUAACGGAUCCUACUCCAGAAUAUCCUUCUGGCAGAACACCUGCUGACCUAGCUUCCAGCAAAGGACACAAGGGAAUCGCUGGUUUUCUUGCGGAAUCUGCCUUAAGCUUCCAGCUUUCAUCACUUGAGUUGAAGGACACAGAGGAGCGUGAUGCUGGAGAUAUUUUGGGGACAAAAGUGGUACGAACUGUGUCAGAACGGACUGCAACUCCAAUUAGUGACGGGGACUUACCUUAUGGACUCUCCCUGAAGGAUUCGUUAGCUGCUGUCUGUAAUGCUACUCAAGCUGCUGCUCGCAUCCAUCAAGUCUUCAGGGUGCAGUCAUUCCAAAAAAAACAGCUGAAAGAGUACGGAGACAAAAAAUUUGGAAUGUCAGAUGAGCGUGCUCUUUCUUUUGUGGCUGUCAAGACAAGUAGGCUGGGACAACAUGACGGGCCAGUGCAAGCUGCCGCAAUUCGAAUACAGAACAAAUUCCGUAGUUGGAAAGGCAGGAAAGAAUUUUUGACAAUCCGGCAGCAAAUUGUUAAAAUACAGGCCCAUGUAAGAGGGUUUCAGGUAAGGAAGAACUAUAAAAAGAUAAUCUGGUCAGUAGGAAUUGUGGAGAAGGUAAUUUUGCGCUGGAGACGCAAGGGAAGUGGGUUGCGUGGAUUCAAAUCCGAAGCACUUCCUGGUGGUGGCAUGCAACACACAUCCUCAAAGGAGGAUGAUUAUGACUUCCUGAAAGAGGGAAGAAAGCAAACAGAAGAAAGGUUGCAAAAGGCCCUAGCUAGGGUGAAGUCUAUGGUUCAGUAUCCAGAGGCUAGAGAUCAGUACCGUAGGCUGCUGACUGUUGUCACAGAGAUGCAGGAAACCAAGAACGUAUACAAUGGGGCUUUAACCAGUUCAGAAGAUACAGGUGACUUCGAAGAAGAUCUGAUUGAUAUUGAAGCAUUGUUGGAAGAUGAUUUCAUGUCCUCAGCGCUUGACUGAACCUUCUCUCAUUGUAUCCUCUUGCGAAAUCUGGUUUUCCUCCUGUCUAUGUUGACUGAUAGAGCUGUGUCAAUAGGUUGUACUGAUAUUUAUUUGUAAAUGUAACUUGCAUUUAACCAUCCUAUAUCUCCCGAGCGGUUAGGAGUUUUAGCAGACUGGAGAUUACUGUAACCAACUGAAACCUUUGAAUUGUGUGAAACCUGUAGUUCGGUCGCUGCAAUAUAUUAUUAUUUGUGUACAAAUUUGCUACUUC